AUGGUGUUCAAGUGGAUGUUCCAGACAAGUAUGGUGAGAACACCACUACAUGCUGCCUACUGGUUUGAUGAAGAUAACAUCAUCAAAUUGUUGACAGAAUCAGGAGCCAGUAAUUUGGAGGCAGUGAAAGUUGAAGGCGAGACUCCCCUCUAUGCUGCAUCAAAGGGAGGCUACAGUGAAAUCGUGAAAGAACUACUGAAGGCUAAUGCUAGGAGUGAUCUGCCAAACAUGGAUGGCAAGACAUCAUUAUACAUAGCAUUUUACUAUGGUCAUGAUAAAGUAGUACAAGUAUUUCUAGAUCAUGGUGUUCAAGUGGAUGUUCCAGACAAGGACACUCUUCUACUCAAAUCUGCUAAAGAAGGUGAUUUGGAAGUUGUGAGAGAAUCUCUCACCAAACAAGCCAAUAUUAACAUUGCUAAUGAGGAUGGAAAGACUGCACUUUAUGUGGCUGCUGAGAACAACCAUACAGAUAUUGCACUUCUUCUGAUUGAGUGUGGCUGUUUUAUUGAUAUUAAGAAUAAAUAUGGACAGAUUGCACUUCAUGUGGCUGCUGAGAAUAACCAUACAGAUAUCACACUUCUUCUGAUUGAGAGUGGCUGUUUAGUUGAUACUAAGGACAAUGCUGGAAGGACUGCACUAUAUGUAGCUGCUAAGAAUAACCAUAAAAAUAUUGUACUUCUUCUGAUUGAGAGUGGCUGUUUAGUUGGUUCUAAGGACAAGUCUGGACAGACUGCACUCCAUGUGGCUGCUGAGAAUAACCAUACAGACAUUGCACUUCUUCUGAUUGAGAGUGGCUGUUUAGUUGAUGCUAAGGACAACGAUCUUGCCUACCUUGCUGAUCCUCCAUUAACUGAUGAUGACAUUAAACUUGCCUCUAAUCACUUGUAUGAGAAGACAUCCUCAAG